CACCAAAUACACCCGUUUCAGUAUUUUACAUUGCACAACGCAGGAGCUCAUUUUUGCCCUGUUAUUUGAGAUUCAUUUCCCCCUUCUAAAUACUCAUUUUAUAUUUUCACACCACAGGAUUCAUAUUCUCUCUAUUCAAAGGGAGAAACAAAUAAUAAGGGUAGACGGAGGCUGAUUCUUGGAAUAAAGAAAAUGGGAAGGAGUCUAAGUCUAAGCCCAAUACUUCAAAGGGAGUUGGAGAAUCUCGACAAGGAUGCUGACAGUAGAAGGUCAGCUAUGAAAACGUUGAAAUCAUUUGUAAAAGACUUGGAUUCCAAAGCGAUACCUCUGUUUCUUGCUCAGGUUUCUGAAACCAAAGAAAAUGGGGCAUCGUCGGGCGAGCAUACGAUUUCACUUUAUGAAGUUCUUGCUCGUGUCCAUGGACCCAAUAUAGUCCCUCAAAUAGAUAACAUCAUGACUACCAUUAUCAAGACCCUGUCCUCGAGUGCAGGAUCUUUUGCUCUUCACCAGGCUUGCUCAAAGGUUGUUCCAGCUAUUGCGAGGUAUGCAAUGGACCCAACAACAGCAAAUGACAAGAAGAGAUAUAUAAUCCACUCUCUCUGUAGACCCCUAUCUAAUUCUCUUUUGGGUAGCCAAGAGAAUAUUUCUUCUGGAGCUGCUCUUUGCUUACAGGCACUUGUGGAAUCUGAUAAUUGGCGAUUUGCUUCAAAUGAGAUGGUGAAUGAGGUCUGUCAGAGAGUUACUGGAGCUUUGGAGAAACAUGCACAGACCAAUUCACAUAUGGCCUUAGUUAUGGCUUUGGCUAAACACAAUAGCUUGACUGUUGAAGCUUAUUCAAGACUGUUGAUAACGUCUGGAUUGCAAAUCCUGAAUUCUGGUUUUAUGGAGGGAAAUACUCAAAAACAGUUCUCAGCCAUUCAUAUGGUGAGUUCUCUGAUGAGAUGUUUGGACGCCAAGAGUAUAUUCUCUGAAUUGGAUUUGAUAAUUAAGGAGAUGGAGAAGUGCCAGUCUGAUCGAAUGCCCUUUGUAACUGGGGCUGCUUUUGAAGCACUGCAAACUGCAAAGAGAAUAUGUGUCGAGAAUGGUUCAAAGCUUGAGAGGGACGAGGGUUCAAUCACUGGCUCAAACUCAGAGAGGAGAGAGAACAUCAGGAGGAGGAAUGUGGGUGGUUCUAGAGAACAGUCGCCUCCCACUGCAUCACCAGAGUCACAAACUGUUGAUUCUGCUUUUGGAUAUGAUUAUUUUAUGCAAUCACCCAUUUCAAUGAACCAGGUCCCUCAACUCGGGUCCUAUGAUCGUAGGAGUGUGAACCGUAAACUUUGGCGAAGGCAUGAGAAUAUAGAUGUAUCACUAAAAGAUGGAAUAUUUUCUGAGAUAACUCCAGGAAGUCCCAUCAUAAACUCUGAGCACGGCGACUUUUCUGAUGACUCUGGAGAUUCAUCUGAAAAUUUUGCAGGGUUUCUGCAAGGAAGUUUGGAAAAUGAAAUUGUCAGAAGCUCUACUCCCAGUCCUCAUAGGACACAGUCUCACAUUAAUAUCGAUGGUGUAAAUAUUUUCACUACUCCAAGGAAGCUCGUUUGUUCACUUCAGGAUUCAAAUGACGUGAUAUCAGAUUUCUCCGAGAGACAAACUAAAAGGUUCGAAAGUCCAUUCUCGAGUAAAUUUCAGUGGGCUCCUACAUCAAAGCAUGAACAAAAUGGCCUUGCUCAGGGCAUGCACUGUAACAUUGAAAGGGGCAAAAACUUCUCCUGCGGUGGGGAACUGUUUCAUGGUAAAUCAGAAUCGGUAUCUUCAACCGGAGAUGUGCUUCCUGAUACGGAUUCGCAAGUGUCACCAGAGGUUUGUGGAAAUCAAACUGAAUCUCAGAGUGCCAAUAUUCAAAAAGUCCAUAGAAAACCUGGUCGCGAAAUAUUGGGAUGUCUUCUUUUAGUCCUAUUUGUUGUAUUUUUAUUUUUGCUGGGGUUUGAUCAUCAGAACUCCAGCUAUGUUCUUGUUCCCACCUAACCUGGCUUGCUUAAAUUAGUGAUUUGAUCAAUUUCAAAAACCUUAGAUAAUAAUAGCUUGAGAUGCUAAACAGGAUUUAGCAACCAGAAGUGCUUUAGGAAAGCUAUUUCUCCUGAUACAUUAGGAGUCCUGCUUUUCUCUCUACUGGUCAAUUUCAGUAUAUGCUGCAUAUGUAAGAAAGCUAAAAUUCAAGAUAUUUAAUUCAUGUGUCAA